CUCUAAUCACCUACACCUGUUCCCCAUUACCUCUCCCCUUUAUAAGGUCCCGGUGCCACCUCACUCACAGUCGGAUCUACUCGUUGCUAUGAUAGAUCUACUGGACUUCCUACCACUAGUAUUCACUGUACUUCGAAGCUUUUGGAGGAAGCGCUCAAGAUAGGUUUGCCUUUAAUGGUUCUCAUCCCUGGACUACCCGCAUUACGGAUUCUACCCGCAUUACUGUUUAUACCCGCUCUCUGGCAGGGGAUGCUUACUGGUGUGCCCCCAUCUGGUUGCGCCCUAAGCGACCGCUUGGUUUGCCUAUGCCUAAAAACGUCGCUGACGAUAGCUCAAGAUCAAGAACACAGUCGAGGUGGUUGGUCUGUCUGUGUAAAAAGCCAAUCAUCAAAAGAAGACCUAAAAUACGAUACAAUUCUGUAACAAAUAGCAUCAAAUAAACUUCCGUUGUAUUUAUGGAUUAGAAUACAAAUUGACAACGACUGGAAAUCAUACUUUGAAAGUAACCCAAGACCCCCCAAAAAGCAGCAUCUGAUGAUGUAUGUCUAAGGGUUCCAGACUUUACACUGUAAUUGACUGCCAUGGAUUUACAACCAACUAUAAUGAUGACAUUUGCUCAAUUACAUUCGGUUCCUUUCUCCACGUAGGUCUGCGAUGUAAGACUUGGAAUACUAAUUCAAAUUUAGACUAGCAAUUGCCCUACUUCUUCCUGAGCAUGCUUUGUGUGUGUGUGUGUGCGUGUAUGGAGGUGGGUCGAUAGCCUAGCAUUAGCAGUGCUGUUCCUGUAAAAACCCCACCCUUCCUCUGCGCCAGCCUGCUCUUCACUACCUGUACCUUACUGCCACUAGAACGCACACAGCAAGGACGCAGCAUCUCAGCACUUUCCUGAGUGGUGUUUGUAGCUCUGAGCGUGCAUGUGUGUGUGUGUGUGCGUGCGUGGCUGAAUUAUUGAUGAGCACGGAUGCUCAGAAUGCCCUGCCAAGGCCGUCCUGGGAGAGUGUGAGUGAGCACGCUCUGUGUUUACAUCUCAGCAGAGAUGGGGGAAAGGAGUGCAGUUCAGCAGCCUGCGUACGACGGCUUGUGCAACUACGCCCAAAAAAUCACCUCGUGCUUCGGACUUGAUGCGACCCACUCGCAUGACUCUCAUCACCACCAGGAGAAGCCUUCUAUCCAGUGCUACAAGUGUGGCGAGCCAUGUAAGGGCGAGGUGUUACGGGUGCAGAACAAGCACUUCCAUAUCAAAUGCUUCACGUGCAAAGUGUGUGGUUGCGACCUGGCACAGGGCGGAUUCUUCAUGAAAAAUGGAGAUUAUCUGUGCACCCUGGACUAUCAGCAGAUCCACGGCACUCGCUGUAACACGUGCGGCGAGUUUGUGGAGGGCGAGGUGGUCACUGCUCUGGGAAAAACCUACCACCCUGCCUGCUUCGUCUGCACCAUCUGCAAAAGGCCGUUUCCUGCCGGAGACAGAGUGACGUUCAAUGGAAAAGACUGCUUGUGUCAAUACUGUGCUGAACCUAUGUCUCCUGUCCCUUCCAAGGACAUCAUUGGACCUGGCACCUGUGCAGGUUGUGGCAGAGACAUUAAGAAUGGACAGGCUUUGCUGGCAUUGGACAAACAGUGGCAUUUGGGCUGCUUCAAAUGUAAAGCCUGCUGCAAAGUUCUGACAGGAGAGUACAUCAGCAAGGAUGGAGCCCCGUACUGUGAAAAAGACUACCAGAUCCAUUUUGGAGUGCGGUGCGAAGCCUGCCACCAGUUCAUCACUGGCAAAGUGCUGGAGGCAGGUGACAGACACUAUCAUCCCAGCUGUGCUCGCUGUAGCAGAUGCAAUCAGAUGUUCACUGAAGGAGAAGAGAUGUACCUGCAAGGAUCGACCGUUUGGCAUCCGGCCUGCAAGAGCUCUACAAGAACAGAGGACAGACAAAGGCCGACACGCUCCUCAUCUGAGAGUGUGUGUUCCAGACCUGGUUCAAGCAUACCUGGCUCACCGGGUCACACCAUAUAUGCAAAAGUAGACAAUGAGAUCCUCGAUUAUAGAGAUCUCGCCGCCAUUCCCAAAGUCAAAGCCAUUUAUGACAUUGAACGUCCUGACCUGAUCAACUACGAGCCACUUUACACCACGUCCCUCGACGAGAUGGAGGAGAGAGAGAGCGUGGCCGAGCUUCAGACCUUGAGGCGCGAGCGCUCCCCCAUGCCAGACGACCGAACACCAAGAACCAUGUCUCCUAUCCCGUCUGCAGAUAGUUUUUAUGACAUGCGAGGUCACAGCCUGCAGCGGUCGACAAGUCAGGGCUCUAUCGGCUCACCCAUCUACAACCGCCACUGUUACACACCGACCAUGUGUCGCUCGCCCCAGCACUUUCACCGCCCAGGCCCUGAGCCAUCCAGUGGGCGGAGCUCCCCUGGGGCCAGCACGCCCCCUCUCUCCCUGACCCCGAAACAUUUCCAUCUGCCAGAUCAGAGCGUCAACAUGUACAGGAAGCCACCUAUCUACAAACUGCUUGAUCCGGCUGCCUUGACAGCCGAAAGCAGUUCUGCGGACGACAUCAUCAAAUCGGCCAAAUUUCCCUCGGCACUUGCUCCCGCUCCUGAAGACGUACCUAAGCUAGAGACUGAGUGCUGGCUUUGUCUGUCAACCAGUGGUACUCUAGGCUGUGAUGCGGGGAGACGGAGAUCGCGAGAGGAGGAUGAGGAGGAACUUCAGAAACGCAGACAACUCCAAGAAGAACAUCUCACUAGGAUGCAGUCUGGUCUUGGGAAGCUUAUCCUGAAGGAGGAGAAGGAGAAGCAGCUGUUUCAAGAACGAGCACGAAGUCUUUCUGCACAAAGACAAACAAAUGGCAACGCUGAUCCAAAUUCUCCUGCCAAAACAGGCUCACUCCCUGGCUAUGGACGGAGCGGGUUGCAUCGGCCUCAGUCAACUGACUUUACACAGUUCAACAGUUACGGAGACAUCUCUGCUGGAGGACGAGAGUUCCAGCCAUUGCAGGAAGGCCAUCGGCCUGUCAGUAGAAUGGACAGGGGGGUUUCGAUGCCUAAUAUGCUGGAACCAAAAGUAUAUCCGUAUGAAAUGCUCAUGGUCACUGGCCGUGGCCGAUCCAAGCUGCCCAGAGAUGUUGACAGAACCCGGCUGGAGCGACACCUGGCUCCAGAAGUGUUUUUUGACAUCUUUGGAAUGGAAAAUCAGGAGUUUGACAAGUUACCUCUAUGGAAGCGCAACGACAUGAAGAAGAAAGCCAGACUCUUUUAAACCUUCUGUUUAACCUCUUCUGUAAUGUAGCCAUGUAUUUGCUUGUAAUCUGUCUUUCUUUCUCUCGUGGCCCUUGGAUGUGCUUAUGGGAAAGGAAUGUGAGAAGGGUUCAUGUUUAUUGUUUAGCACAACAUAGCACCAUGGUAUCAUCAUAUGAAACAAACAGUGACAAAUCAUUGCAUUAGCACAUAAGCAUCAGAUGUUUAGAAACUCAUAUCUCCUUAUCUUCUCUUGCCUAAUGGAAUAUUUUUUUUUUGACUGCUCACUUCUUCUUAGGUAUUCAUGCAAUAAGACUUUUUGUUCAGUUCCCUGUGAGUGAAUGUCUUUGUAGUGGGCUUUCAGGUUUGCUAAUGUUAUAUGUUUUUGUGUCAGAUGUUAUAAGCACUUCUAAGUUCUCAGAUAUUUCUUUUUGAAAGUCUGUCCCUCAAAUAUUUCUCAUCUACCCAUAUUCGCAAUGCUGGAUGUUAGUCAAAAAACACUUUGCAUCCGAAAAAAAACGAGUUCGUUUCACUGGAACGUAAACCCGCACUGCCAUUUGUUGUACGUAUGAGUGAUGUUACAAGCAAAUCAAUUGAUAAACUGUGCGAUAGACAGCAACACCAAAGGUAUGGUCAUGCCCAAGGGAGCAAAACACAGCAGUGGGUAUUUCUCAGGAUCCUUUCCACUGAAGGCUUAAUAGGACCAAACAUUUAUUGCUGGUGUAAAAUACAGUAUCAGGCAAUGACGUCAGAGCAGCUUUUGUUGUAGUUAUGUCUGGGUGGUGGGUGAAGGAAUGGCAUGGCUUCUUCCUCGCUCUCUCUUCCUGUCUUUACACUCGAAACCAUACGCACAGUAACAAGUGCUUUCUCUCAGCUGUUUGUUGGUCGAAUCAAAUUUUCUCUGGUAACCAAACUGCUUGCAAAACACGAGGAUUUGGCAAGCGACGAACGUGAACUCUUCAUGAAUGAAAUAUUUUAUUGAUGUAAAAAAUAAUUCUCGUUAAUAAAAUGCCGCAAACCGAA